CCUCAACCAAACUCGCAAGAAGGAGACGCCUUGGGCACACAGAUGGCAAUAUGUCAGUUAGCCCAGAAAUCGACUUGCCGAGGAAUUCAGAAUCAGGAGUCGAGAAUCCAACCCACAGUCCGGAAAUAAGAACAUUCCCCGUGGUCGACUCCCGAAGAAGUUCUGACCCCGCCUUCAGCAGCACCAAAGACCUGGAGAAUGGGAAGUACGAAGAGCAAGAGGAGGAAUUGACCGACAACAACCUUCCUGUCGAUUCCAGCAAUGAAGAAAUUGUUUGGAGGUAUCUAACCUUCGAGACGAAGCUUCCACAUCCGACAAGUCUGCUUCCGUCAAUACAUCCGACGACGGGCAGCGACCACGGACCACCUCCAGAGCCGCCAAACUCCGUGAAGUACACAAACCCAUUCGAUUGGUCCGAGAAGAGAAAGAACUUUACAAUAUGGGUCGCAUGUGCCAUCACGGCUCUGACGGCCUAUGCUGCAGGGUCAUACACUCCUGGUGUUGCGCAAAUGUCGGCUGAAUGGGGCGUCAGCAACGUUGCUGUUCUAGUCGGCAUCACAACUUUCACAACCGGCUUUGCUGUGGCACCUAUGGUCCUGGCUCCAUUCUCCGAGAUCAACGGCCGUCGUCCAGUGUUUCUCGCUUCAGGCAUUCUAUUCGUCAUUUGCCAACUAUGCACUGGCUUCACACAAUCGUACGCGGGCAUGCUAGUCGUCCGGUUUCUGGUCGGAGUAGGCGGCUCUACGUUCUCGACGAUGGUGGGGGGUGUUGUGUCUGACAUCUAUCAUACCGACGACCGCAACAAACCAAUGGCCCUCUUCUCUGGAGCUGCACUUUUCGGAACAGGUUGGGGUCCUUUGGUUUCUGGAUUCAUUGCGCAGAACUUGUCGUGGAGAUGGAUUUUCUACUUGCAGACCAUCAUGGCCGCCGUCAUGGUCGCUUUCAUCUGCGUCAUCUUCAAGGAGACACGAGGCUCUGUCCUCCUCUCAAGGAAAGCCAAAGCACUCAACAAGUGGUACGAUGCCCGCGAAGCAGCAGGCUACUACGGCUUCAACGUACCCGAUCCCGAGGAACCUUCAGUCACCAUCUCACAACGUAUACGGUGGAAAGUCAAGUCCGAUGAGGAGCGCGCCUCACUCAAAACCAUGAUCGGCGUCUCGCUCUAUCGACCUUUCCACCUUCUUUUUACUGAGCCUGUCGUUUUUUGGUUCUCACUCUGGGUGGCUUUCUCUUGGGCGGUCCUAUACCUAACCCUCGCCGCCAUCCCCCUCGUCUUCCAAAACAACCACGGCUUCUCCCUGCAACAAGCCAACGCUGUCUUUGCAGCAAUGUGUGUGGGCGCUCUGAUCGCAAGUGUGCUAUCCAUCUACCAGGAAAAAUUUGCCCGGAAGCACGGCAAGCUCAUCAACAGCCCCGAAGGACGAUUGUACUUUGCAUGCGUGGAGAGUGCUUGUAUGCCAAUUGGCUUGUUCAUGUUCGGCUGGACGAGCGCGUCAAGCAUACAUUGGAUCGUACCCACGAUCGCGGUCUCUAUCGCUACAAUCGGUAUCUUCACCAUAUAUCUCAGUGUGUUCAACUACCUAGCGGAUACAUACCAUCGAUACGCCAGUUCUGCACUUGCGGCGCAGUCUUUCUGCAGAAAUAUUCUUGGUACGUCAACACUCAAUGGUCAGUGACCUCAAACGACUACUAAUACGACAUUACAGGCGGUAUCUUUCCCCUCGUCACAACACAGAUGUACAAUAAGCUCGGGUACGGUCCAGCGAGUAGUUUGCUGGGUGGUAUUGGCACGCUGCUGACGGUCGUGCCGUG